AUGGACACAUCUUUAGCGACACGUUCUGCUGCCUUACAGAUAGCUACGAUCAUAGCUUCCUCGACAGAUAUUCUCCUCCAAACAGUUGAGCCCUCGCCAUUACCAUCUCCGACUCCAACUCCGUCAAGCUCGCCGCCGGAUGGCUCCCAAAGUACAGGAGAAUGUGAACUACUAGGACCUUUUGCCAUCCUCGUGCAAGCUGCUUUGGGUGGCUUGGCUCUUCUCUCCUUGGUAUACAAAAGAUGGAGGGAGAGACCUCAGCGGCCAUUAAAGAUAUGGGCAUUUGAUGCUUCAAAGCAAGUCUUUGGAUCAGUGUUGUUGCAUUUGGCCAAUUUGCUCAUGUCGAUGUUCUCUGCUGGACAGAUUCAGGCAUCAGUCGCGAAAUAUCAGCCGAACCCUUGCUCCUUCUACCUGCUGAACCUGGCCAUCGAUACUACUUUGGGAAUACCCAUCCUGAUAGUACUUUUAAGACUACUUACUGCUGGUGCGAGCCUGACGCCCUUGGGCAACCCUCCGGAAUCAAUACGUUCUGGCAAUUACGGAACACCGCCACGAGCAACCUGGUGGUUGAAGCAGAGCAUGAUAUACUUCAUGGGUCUACUAGGCAUGAAAGUCUGUGUCUUUAUCAUUUUUGAAUUAUUUCCAUGGAUAGUACAGGUGGGCGACUGGGCCUUGCGAUGGACAGAGGGGAACGAAGCGAUCCAGAUCGCAUUUGUCAUGCUUAUCUUCCCGUUGAUCAUGAAUGCCAUGCAGUACUAUAUCAUUGAUAGCUUCAUCAAGAACAAGGCGCCUCCUCAAGACGAUGACACCCCUGCUGAGGUUGGAGAAGACGGUGCUCUGCUUGCAGACGACGAAGCCUUGGACGGCCAGGAGGCUGGCAAGGAGGAUAGGAAGGUCCCCAAAGACAAGCCUUCGGACCUCCCCAAGAACUCAUUGGCUCGCGAGCGAAGCUUCGAACAGGAUACACCGGAAGCAAGCAGCAGCGGCGGUAUUGGAAACGUGGAAGAGGAAGCGUUGAACGGCAAAUAUGCUCGCUGA